ACCACCCGCUGGCCCACCCACCGUAUCCGACCGUCGAGCGGAUCGCCAUCGAUCCUGGCGUCUAUAAAAAUCGCCCGGCGCCCACCCGCUCGGGACCGGCAACUCGUUACCGCGACCACCAGCCCGAGUACAAAUCGAUCCGUGUUCGUUUCGCAGGCGUCUUCUUCUCGAUUAAUCAGGCAGGCAGGCAGGCAGGCGAUGGCCCCGAGCGCGUCGAUGCUGUUCCUGAGCUACCACCAGCUCCACCAGCCGGCGGAGGCGGCGCCGCGCAAGGAGGAGGCCGCUGCGGCCGGCGUCUUCCGCCGGCUCAGCUUGAGCAGCGCGCUGUCGCUCCCUAUGUUCGAGCGGCGGCGGGAGGCGGCGGCCGCGGUGCGGGAGGAGGGGAAGACGGUGCGCGAGCGCGACGCCGGCGAGGGCUUCAAGUCGGCUAACAAGGAGCUGGAAGAAAAGUUCGAGGAGGCGCUGCGCCUCAGCUGCUGGUCUUGCUGAGCGAUCGAAGCAGAGACGCCCUCGUGCCGUUCCCCGAUCAAAGCGAAGGAUUUGCUUCUUUCUCCUCGUGUUCUCGAACACUGCUAGUAGUAUGUACAUGACAUAAGGUCGUAGCUAACUACCCGCUCUUGCUCUCUUUUGAUCUGUGCACAUCCUUCCGGAAAAAUCUUUGUAAGUAGACUUCUGCCGUUGUCGUUCUCGUAGUAAUCUCGGAAUAAACACGUGUUAUUAUUCUUGAGAUUUACGUGCGCUCGUAGUAGCCUUCUCGAUCAGUUUCUGCUGCUUGUUAGCCAGUUAAUGCUUUUUUUAAUACCAGUUAACGCUGGUUGGACUCGUAUCUCAA